AUGUUCGAGCUCUGGAGGACAAAAGAGAGUACUUUGAUGAGCUCCCUAUUGAUCUUGUCGAAGAUGUCGAUUAAGUCUAUGGCAAAGUGUCGCUGCGUGUCCAAGCUCUGGUGUUCGAUAAUUCGCGGACCAUAUUACAAGGUGUUGUUCCCGACCACCAAACCUCCAGAUCCACCGAGGUUCCUUUUCACCUUGGUCGAACAAGGAAAGUUGUUCUUCUACACCUCAAAAUCCAAAUCCAAUCCAGACGAGGUUACAUCUCUUGUAGCCACUCUUCAUCAUAUGAUGCCCAUCAAAGAUGGGAGGAUGAAACUGCUUGGCCCUGUCAACGGAUUGUUCUGUCAAAAAUAUCUAGGAGAUGAUUCUAUAGUCUUGGUGGUUUCUAAUCCCAUCACAGGAGAGUCUUUCAAGGUCUUGUCUAUAACAUGGGUGUGUGGUGGAAAAGACAUGAAGAAGGAGGAGGACUUGUCUCCUCAGCAUCAAGUUCUCACGUUAGAGAAUGGAGGUAAAGAUCUCUUAUGGAGAAACAUAGACUGUUGCAUUAAAGGUCAGACUGAAAUUGGUCGUAAAGGGCAGUGCAUCAUCAAUGGUGUUUUGUAUUAUCCACCAAGUGUGGACAACAAAAAAAUGAUCGUUUGCUUUGAUGUUAGGUCUGAGAGAUUUGAGUUGAUCUCAUGGAGAUCAUCUAAUCUGAUAAACUACAAGGGUAAACUAGGUGCGGUUGAUGAUAAUGAUGUUGACCACUUUGCGCUGUGGGUUUUAGUGGAACGCGAAUGGUCAAAGCAUGUCUAUGAAAAGUCUCUUCCGUGGAGGACAUUACGUACGGCUUAUGGACAUAUAGUUGGAGUGACUGAUAGAGGUGAAGUUGUAUUCUCCCCAAAGUAUGGAGUAAAAUCUCCUUUCUACAUCUUUUACUACAAUCUGGAGAGCAACAGUGCCGUAAGAGUAAGAGUUGAUGGUCCAGGAUUUGAGUGUUUGAAAUGGAAUCUGUUAUACACGUCUUCAAACUAUGUAGAGGCUGAUAUACAGUUCCAUUUCUACGCACUCAAUGCUUUCUCAGUUGUGUUUUUCUAG